CCUUAAGAUCGGCCGCCGCCGGUCCGCUACCCGGUCAUGGGCCCUGCAGAAGCGCCGGGGCGCUGCCCCUCCAGCGGCGAGGGAUGGGGCGAGAGCCGGCGCCGCGCCGCGCGAGGGCUGGCCGGGGCGGCUGCGUGCGGAGGAGCCCUGGUGCAGGAGACCGAGGGACACACAGGCACUGUUGUCUGCAACGCAGACCAUGGAGCUGCGGAGGCGAGACUACCACGUGGAAAGGCCACUGCUGAACCAGGAGCAGCUGGAGGAGCUGGGGCAUUGGGGCCCAGCGCCCCCGACCCGCCAGUGGCGGAGCUGGUUUCAGUGCUCUCAUGCCCGGGCGCGCACCUUACUGCUCCAAUACCUCCCUGUUCUGGCCUGGCUGCCCCGGUACCCCGUGCGUGAGUGGCUUCUAGGUGACCUGCUGUCUGGCCUGAGUGUGGCUAUCAUGCAGUUACCGCAGGGCCUGGCCUACGCCCUCCUGGCUGGACUGCCUCCCCAGUAUGGCCUCUAUAGCUCCUUCUACCCAGUGUUCAUCUACUUCCUGUUUGGCACUUCCCGGCACAUCUCUGUGGGGACCUUUGCUGUCAUGUCUGUGAUGGUGGGCAGUGUAACAGAAUCCCUGGUCCCGGAUGAAGCCAACCCUCAGGCCCCAAACUCCACAGUCAACGAGACGGAUGCAGAUGCUUUCCGGGUGCAGGUGGCCUCCACGCUCAGUGUCCUGGUCGGUCUCUUCCAGGUGGGCCUGGGUCUAGUCCACUUCGGUUUCGUGGUCACCUACAUGUCCGAGCCUCUGGUCCGUGGCUACACCACGGCGGCGGCUGUGCACGUCUUGGUGUCCCAGCUCAAGUAUGCGUUUGGCCUUCAUCUGAAAAGCCGCCCGGGGCCACUGUCCCUCAUCUUUACAGUGCUGGAGGUCUGCUGGCGGCUGCCCCAGAGUGUGGUCGGCACCGUGGUCACCACGCUCGUCUCAGGCCUGGCGCUCGUGCUGGUGAAGCUGUUGAAUGACAAGCUGCAGCAACACCUGCCCAUCCCGCUGCCCGGAGAGCUGCUCACGCUCAUCGGGGCCACAGGCAUCUCUUACGGUGUGAACCUGAACACCACAUUUGGGGUCGACAUCAUGGGCACCAUCCCCACCGGGCUGGAUCCCCCAGUGGCUCCCCGCCCUGAGCUGUUCCCCAAGAUAGUGGGAAACGCCUUCACCAUUGCCGUGGUUGGGUUCGUCAUAGCCAUCUCUCUGGGGAAGAUCUUCGCCAUGAGGCACGGCUACCACGUGGAUAGCAACCAGGAGCUGGUGGCCAUUGGCCUGAGUAACCUCAUCGGGGGCUUCUUCCAGUGCUUCCCCAUCAGCUGCUCCAUGUCACGGAGCCUGGUUCAGGAGAGCACCGGGGGCAACACGCAGGUGGCCGGAGCUACCUCCUCCCUCCUCAUCCUCAUCAUCAUCCUCAAGCUUGGGGAACUCUUCCGAGACCUGCCCAAGGCAGUCCUGGCCGCCAUCAUUCUGGUGAACCUGAAGGGCAUGCUGCUGCAGGUGAAGGACGUAGGCUCCCUCUGGAAAACAAACCGAGUGGACCUGCUCAUCUGGCUGGUGACCUUUGUGGCCACCAUCCUGCUGAACCUGGACCUGGGCCUGCUGGUUGCUGUGGUCUUCUCUCUGCUGCUCGUGGUGGUCCGCACGCAGCUACCCAAGUACUCCAUCCUGGGGCAGGUGCCAGGCACGGAUGUUUACAGAGACGUGGCAGAGUACCCAGAGGCCAAGGAGGUCCCUGGCGUGAAGAUCUUCCGCUCCUCGGUCACCAUGUACUUUGCCAACGCUGAGCUCUUCAGCAACGCACUGAAGCAGAGGUGUGGAGUGGACGUCGACUACCUCAUCUCCCGGAAGAGGAAGCUGCACCGGAAGCAGGAGCAGAAGCUGAAGCGACUGCAGAAGCAGCAUUCCCACAGACAGGCUGCCGCUUCCAACGGCACCUCCUUCUCCAUCAGCGUCAACAAAGGCCUGGAGGCCAACGAGCUGAGCACGGUGGACUCGGUCAAGCAGGCCAGCACAGAGGAUGGGACAGUGGCCACUGUUGAAGAAGAGGCCAAGGUCCCGGACACGUCCUCCCUGAAGGCCCUGGGCCUGCCACAGCCCAGCUUCCACAGCCUCAUCCUGGACCUGAGCGCCUUUUCUUUUGUGGACACCGUCUGCCUUAAGAGCCUCCGGGGUAUUUUCCGAGAGUUCCGGGAGAUAGAGGUGGAGGUGUACUUGGCCGCCUGCCACAGCCCCGUGGUCACCCAGUUUGAGGCCGGGUGCUUCUUCGAUGCAUCCAUCACAAAGCAGCAUCUCUUUGCCACUGUCCACGAUGCCGUCACCUUUGCCCUGCAGCGUCCAGGUUCCAGAGCCUCCAACCCUGACUUGGCCACCAAGUUCUGACCUUUCUGCUGGACACUGCCUGCCUCUGAAAGGUGUGACGGGGAGCCAGCCCGUGUGAUGCCCCCACCCCUAGGCCACCUCCAGGUGCCACCCAGGUGUCCCCUUUGUGCACUUGCUCACACUCACACAUCUCAGGGAUGGAGGUCCUGGGUCCUGGAGGCAGGCUGGCCCCGGCUGUGGUCAGGGUCGGGCAGGGCUGACAUGAAUUUGAACCUCAAGAAUAAAGGUUGAUUUGCCCCA